CUAGAAAUUUUAUUGAAAGUAAAAGUCAAUUCGAACUGAUAUAUUUGUUCAAUUGCGCUGUAGCAUUAAUGCCAAUGACCACACACAGUGUUUGUUCUCGCGUUCGUACAUUUUUCUUCUGCGCUCCAGGGAACAAGCCUGUCAGCCUUCUACAGACCCUGUCUCGCAUGACGGCGGUUUACAGUGUGUAACAGUGGAAGUGCCGAGUGCACAGGCCGAAGAUGAUGAUCUACUGAUAAUGUUUGAUGUGGUCAUCAGAUGGUGGGUAUGAGUAAUAAAUGGAACAACACAGCUUUCAACACAUCCAGCUACAAUCAUACUUGCAUCCAGAAACCUCUUCUGUUGGAACCAUGGAUGCAGUUGGGUCAGAGAGAGAACUUGUUUAUGGAGAUGAAGUUAUACAAGAUGGAGAAAAGGAGGCAGAAAAACUAAUCAUGGAGGCCAAGAAAUGGACCGCUUCAGAUUAUCCUGUCAACCCACCAGAAUUGCAGCUUACUGCAGUCCCAUUUUACAAGGGAUUUAGUGAGGGUGGAUUGACUGUUCAAGAACUUCCAUCUUACAGAGACCUUCAAACCGCGCCAAUGGUAAAACAGCCAAUUCUUAACAAUGGGGUCUGUGAACCACCAGAAAGUCAGAAGACUUCAUAUGAUAGUAGCAUUACUUCAGACAACUCACACAUGCCUUAUGCUAGUGAAAUCCAACAUUUCAGAGAGGAUCAGUAUUCUCCCAGUCCUUCCAAAGAAAUGCACAGAUUUACUCAAGUCCUACCUGCAGAUAACAAAGAGACUAGAAUUGUAGAGAAAGAAGGAAACUUUUUUGUCAGUGGGAGUACUAAUCACAAGACAGAUACAGAAGAAGUCAGUACAGAAGCAGAGCAAACAAAGGAAGUGUCUGCAGAUGAUUCUGAAACCGAUGUUGAAGGAAAUAAUGAUGACACCUACCCAUGUAAGAAAGUGCAGGGACAGAAGGUGAAAGAAAAGAUUCAAGAAGUUACAGAAACCUGGGAAGGAGACAUUUUAGAGGGAAGUGGUAGGCGAAGAAAUCAGGAUAGACGUUCUCCUCGACUUUCGUUGAGGAACAAGGUUGUAACAGUCCAGACAAUGGGCGAGAUUGUGCUUCCAGCCAAUUUCAAGUCACCUGUAUGGGAAUACUUCAGCUUCCAGGUCUCCGAUGUAGAGGGAGGACAUAAAAUGGUUUCAAAGAAUGUCUCGGUGUGCCGACUAUGUAAAACUCAUGUCAGAUGUAUGGGCAACACAACAAAUAUGGCCACUCAUUUAAAGCGGCAUCAUCCAGAGAUUGAGCUCUUUGAGGCAAAAGAAAAAGAGAAAAAGCAUUCCUCCACAAAGUCUUCAUCAAAGAUCAAGAGAAAAACAUCAUCACCUCCACCACCACUGUUACCACCACCGCCAUCACCAGAGAGGCAAGAGAAGAAGCAAAAGAAGUUCAAACCUUCACAGAAAAGCUCUUUGCCAGAGCUGAAAAUAGACGGGGAUGUGUUUGACCGAUGGUGGCGUUUUGGGACCGCACAAGGGCUAGAUUCGGAUGAGGAGAUUGCAAGCUUUCUUUUGUGCCACUAUGAGAGUUCCAUGAAAAAUGUCCAGCCUGGUUCUUGUCAGAGUUGCCAGGCUCCCAUUACCAUGCUGUGUGCAAAGUGUAUCUUUACCUUUGAGGCUAUGCCAUCACAGCCAUCCAAGGUUGAAGAAGGAAAAAUUAAAGAUGAAGCAGAAGCUUCAGAUCAUGAAAUGGCUGAUAGUGGGGACCCUUAUGUGUCAGCAGAUGAGGUUCCUGUUAAGUUUGCAGAGCCUGCCUCUGGUCAGUCAUCUCCAACCAAGAAGCAGAUUUUGCUUCGUACGAAAAGAAAAUUCCGAAAGAGGCCCAUGCAACGUCGAGAAAGUGUUAAAGUAUACAGAUGUGAGCAGUGUGUGGCUGUCUUUAAGCAUCCCAAGUCCUUGGAGAACCACAUGCAGACUCACACAGAUAACAGACCAUUCAAAUGCCAAGAAUGUGAGACUGCUUUCAAACGAUCAAGUGAUCUGGCAGUACACAUGCGAACACACACAGGUGAGAGACCUUACAAGUGUGAGUUAUGUGAAGCAGCUUUUACGCAGUCUUGUGCCCUAUCCCGUCACAUUCGCACACACCCAGGUGCUGUGCCAGUGAGACGAAGAAAGUUGAAAUCUGCCUUGGCACAGGCACACAUGAAGGGUGUGAGAGGACCCAAACCCAAGGGGCCUAAAGUCUACAAUUGUGACCAGUGCUGGAAGUCAUUUCGGAGUUCUAGCAACCUUAAAGUUCACAUGAGAAUACACACUGGAGAAAGACCAUAUACAUGUGAGGUGUGUGGAGCAACCUUUACUCAGUCAAGUGCUUUGUCUUUGCACAAACGCACUCAUCAGCAGGAAAGGCCUUUCAAAUGCAACCAGUGUGAUGGAUCCUUCAAACGUUCAAGCGAUUUGGCAAUCCACAUGCGUACACACACUGGGGAAAGACCUUAUGUUUGUGAGCUGUGUGGCUCAGCCUUUGCUCAGCUUAGCACCUUGACAAUCCACAUGUCAUCACAUUCUGACAAUAAACCUUAUAAGUGUCAGGAAUGUGGCAUGAUGUUCAAGCUGACAUCACACUUGCAACGCCACUUGAAGACUCAUGUAGGUCACGUCCCUUGCGAUCACUGUGGCGCAAUGUUCAAAUCACCUGUUGCAUUAGCAAGGCAUGUCAGGAAACAUUCAUCACCAGAUGGGGCUCUUGUGUCUCCAGAAAGAUUUGUGAACAUGGAAAGUGCAAUGCCGUUGGGGGUUUGAAUUCUCUGAAUAUAUCAGUUGAUGAUCACAGAAGGUAAAGCCAGAUCUACUUUUCACAUUGCAAUAAUAGUGAUGUUUACUGCUGCUCAGACUUGUCAAGAUCACAAAGAGUAAUAUUUUGUAUUUUUCAUAAUAAAAAAAAAUUGUUUAAGUGCGUGGGGCAUUUUUAAACAAAAAACUCUUUGUACAAAGAUAUUAGUCUUAAAAGUCUUACUUGCCAGGCAGACAUUACCUCUUUAAUGAUCGUUUUACCCAAAAGAAGAGAAAAUUUUCAAGAUCAGUUUGUCCAUGCAUCUUGCUUUAAGCUAAGGUUUGCUUUAAGUUAAAGUUUAAGUAAAAGCUCAUUAAGUCCAUGCAUAAUUUUACAAUGUUUUUAAUAUGAGGCUAAAUGCAGGUUUCUUUAGACUGGAGGAAGAGGAAUUCUUAGUUGUUGUAUAGACAAUGGUACCUCAGUGCUUGACCACAGUCUGUUCUGAAAGGCUAGUUGCAUACUGAGUGCCUAGCACUUUUUCCCUAUUAAAAAGUAAAGUAACUGUAUUUCGUUGGUGCUGGCACUCAUCAAUAGCUAACUACCUGAUAUUAUGUUACCACUUUUACUUCUUUUCACUAUAUCAUCUGCUUAAAAUUGAAAUGGUCUCUUUAUGUUUCAGUGUUAUUGAAAUUGUUAUAGUGAUAACUUAACCAUAUGCCAAACCUGAAUGACUAAUUCAGGCACAUGUAUGCAACUCUCAUACUUGGCAUACUUUUUUUCAUACUU